AUGCCCACCACUGCCUCUGCCCGUGUCUCCGCUGUUGCUGUUGCUGUUGCUGUUGCUGUUGCUGUUGCUGUUGCUGUUGCUGUUGCCACCUUUGCCGAGUCCGCCACUAUUAUUGGUACCAAUGCUGUUGAUGAUGCUGACCUUGGGAAUUGUCCAGUCAAUUUUAGACACAUUGCCACCGCCCCUUAUUUUCUCCUCCUCACCAUAGCACUCCGUCGCGGUUGUUUGUUUGGCCGUGUCGGCGGCGCCAGUAACUGUUGCAGUCGAUGUUUGCUUGACUGUGCGCCGCCUCAGGAGCUGUACGACACGGUUUGGUGUGUUUUUGCCUUGCAUUGGAGCACAUUCACUGCCGUCGGUACUAUUGGUUGUGGUGCUGGUAUUGUCGCUGGAUAA